GCCCCUUCUAGUCAAAUCCCUGAACAGGGGUCCUCACCGCGGAUAGCUUGAGGUCAUCGUCGGUAAGUAGUUCUCAACAUGCGGUGUUCAUGAAACUGGUGCGUCUGAGCAGGCUGAUCACUCCAGAGAGUGGUCGUUGAAUGCCCAUGAACCCACUGAUUUUGUGCUUCAAAUCAUGGACUCGCAAGAUGCCUCGACAUCGAAAGUUACAGUCGAAUACCACGACCCGCACGACGUCUACAAACUACUCGCUCCUGGCUUGAUACCACAAUUGCCUCUACACAAUCUUCAUUGGCAGUCUCACGCUGGCCCACUGCGAUCCAUCCCAACGUUGCACGUUGACCUUGUUCGCGGCGGUGAUGGCCCUGUCGCGCCUGCAUCGACGACACCGGCUCUUCGACGAUCCGAUAGUACUGCGCGCGACGAUGGAUUCCAAGCGCAAAGUGUAGGGGGUAGGACAACAUCACUAGAGACAGUGGGCAGUUCUGCUGCCACCACUGGCUCUGCAGCUGGUCCUCAACGACGACACCAAAUACCGGGACUUCGCCAGAGUCCAUACCUGAAGAUACUCUUGGUGCGAUGCGACGACAACGAUUCGUACAAGGCAACAGUUAGAUCGGAAGUACGGGAAUGGAUCAAGGACCAUGCGCCCUCGCCCAGUAGCUCGAAAAAGGCCCGCGUGCAAGAGAGACACGAUGCUUUUGAAUGGUUGGUCAUUCACGUCGUCUUGCCCAAUACCACGGCCGCCACGCAGCCGCGCACCACAAGUGUCAAGACGGAGAGUGCAGCUAGCGAAGGGAAAACGUCGAGGUGGCGGACGGGCUCGACACCACUCCUCGAGAAAUUCCAGUCCGAUUUCAAUAGCUCUGCCAAAGGAGCGGUGGACCAUGUCGCUCAGAUUCGUAUCGGCAUCAACGAUGUACCUUACGACCUCCUACCUCGGGUAGUACCAGCGGUACCCACAGGCUACAUGGAGACCGAGCAAGACGCCCAACGCGCCUGGGAAGAUCUCCUCAAUAGACUCAAAGAUCUGAUCUUGGUCUCUUUCGAUCGACGUGUGAGCCAGUACGAAGACGACAUCAAGGAGAAGGAAUCACAAAGAGCUUUGCCGGGUUGGAAUUUCUGCACUUUUUUCAUUCUCAAGGAAGGCUUGGCCCGCGGCUUUGAGAGUGUCGGACUCGUUGAUGAUGCCUUGGUCGGCUACGAUGAGUUGAGUGUUGGCCUAGAUUCCUUUGUGGCGGAACAGAACACUGGCGGCAACCUGGACCGACAGGGUGGUGGUUUGCUUCAAUACACCAAAUCUCUUAAGCAAACGAUAGACGCACUCGCCUUGGACUCGUCCAGUACGGAUGACGAGACCGUCGACCUACAAUCAGAUUCUCUGCACAAAGAGUCGGCCGAUGAGAUCCCCAUCAAUGCCGCCAGGCGACCUUAUCGGGACAUGAUCCUAGCCAACGACGUGUCGGCAUUCGAUUUCAGAUGCUACUUGUUUUCGAGGCAAAUUGCCCUGCUGCUUCGGCUCGCGAAUGCUCAAUCAACACGAGAGGAGUUGUUGGCACAACUCAAGGAGCAGCAGGACUCGAUAUUGUAUGGUGUAGCGCCUCGAGUACCAGCCCAACAGAAGAAACCCGAGGAAAAGGAGAACCUAGCGAAACUGGCAGAAAUUUGCCACAGAGCACUUGAAUUCAUCCCUCAGAUAUCUCAUGUCAUGAGACAGGAGCUGCUUACUGCAUACGCGGAGGAGCAACAACCAGAGAGGGCCGCUAAUACAUUGCGCGACGAUGUCAUUAACAAUGUCAUCUCUUCCUUCGGCUUCUCCGUGGCACAACAAAUCCUCGCCCAGACGUCAACUAAAGCCUUGCCAAUACCAUCGUCUACAAUAUCUUUCACGAGCGAUGAUGAGCAGAAGGCAUCUAUACCUGAACCAAAGACGAUGAUGCAUCCAGCUCGGGAAUCUUCGCUUCACACAAAAUCCGCACAACAAGAGCAUCAACCACCACCAAGCCCUGGGGUGUUCCCUGGACCUGGUCAACACACCAUUACACACCAAGGCGAUUCAUACGAAGCUUACCUUGCGAAAAAUGGUCUGGAGGAGUUGGCCACAAAACGAGGUGACCUAUACAUGUUUUCGCGCAGCAUCUUGACCAAUUUCGGCAAGCUACGAGGUUGGAGCGCGGGCUGGGAUGAAGCCCCCAUCAUGCACGAGCUCGGUAUGCUGGAGAUGGUAGAUAUCGACUUAAACGACGACGAUGGCGACACUACCGAGAAGCAAGGGAAGCCGGCGAGAGACUCCAGAGAACUGCCCUUGGCCGGGAUUAACAACAAGCUGCUGAGAACUGCCGCUGAUAAUUCGACGGACUUCUACCGCCUGUACGAGAUACUGACGGACAAAGCUCAGCGGCAUUUUAAUGUCGCUGGUUUAGAUCAAAGCGUCCAAGGCGCCAUGUCCGACCAGGCCGUUUUGAAGUACCAUUUGCAGGAGUACCGGGCGGCGACCUCAUUUUUCUGCCUCACAACUCCAUUCUUUGGAGAGAGCGGUUGGAGCUGGCUUGAGCUGUCAAUGCUCGUCAUGUACACAAAUUGUUUGAAGCAUCUCAAGUCUAAGGAAUUUGUGAGGGUUGCUUUGAAGUUGUUGACGAAGGCAUGCGCUACCCAGAAGGACCAUGAGAAACCCGGGACGCUCGCUGGCAGCGUUAGCGACGGAAGUAUACGCGCUGGAAUCUCCGCUGUCGUGAAUGACGCCGUGGGUAACGUCUCUGAACUUGCCCUGGCUCUACCUGGCGACGCCAAAGUCCCCUUGGAUAGCUUCAUCGCCGAUGUCUGCCUCGAGUCGAUGCCGGUUUAUCACGACGACAGGGACAGCGCGACGAUGAGUAUACGAUUACGAUCUCUGUUGCCUAGUGAAGCUACUUUUGAUUCCGUCACUUUGCAACUCGUAACGGACAAUGUGGCCCACACGGAGGUCAUUUUUCGCGUUGCCGAGCAGACAUCAAUAGUGCCUGGACCGAAUGUGAUCACCCUUCAUUGCGCGUCGAUUAUUCCAGGGCUGUUCCGGGUUGGCAGACUUUGUCUGCAAUCUUCGCGCCUUUCCCUUUCCUCCGAGUACGAUGCUUCGAGCUCAAAGCAGUCAGCCCACCGAUUCAGAUCGGUGCUCUUGCAUAGACCAGCAUCCGCCCUACAGGUCGGCCUCAGUGCCAGCCGGCAUAUGACGCUGAACAAGACCAACCAUCUCGAGCUGACAGUCCACUCCGGCAACAACAGCGUCAAGAGCUGCGAGGUGCGCAUCCGACCAGCGACGGGAGGUCUGCGUAUGUUGAUGAACGAAGCUGUCUGUAUCGACCAGCCAGACUCCUUUGCGAAACCUCCGGAAGCUGGCGUAUUUCGUCUUGGUGCUCUCCCGCGUGACUCGCCCACGGUCAUCCGAUUUCCGUAUACUAUAGAGCAAGACGUUGCCGAGAUAGUUGCCAAACUGGACAUAACUUACAACACCGACAAGGACGGCCCAUUUGCCACCUCGGAAACAUCAAAGAUACCCAUAUCCCUCGCAGUGGGGGUCAACGUGCAAGAUAUCUUCAAGCACAGCGUCAUGUAUUCGCGCUUCAGUGUCUCAACAGGCAGCACUCAACCACUCCGCUUGUACGAUUCCGAGCUCCUCGACUCUGACAUAUUCGAAGCUACUCGCUCCGGGCUCGCGUCUUCGACUUUGGACAUAUUCCCCGAUCAGCCGACCACCCUAGUGUACAAGGUGCGAAGGAAGUCCACCGGCGAGCACGUGGGCAAGGGUGCAAGCAGAACACUACAUCUCAAGUUAUGUUACAACCGGCUCAAUCUUGAGAUUGAGGAACUCUUACGACAUGCAAUCAUGGAGGCUCUUGCACAAACGCCGUUGACUCAGUAUCAGCGGCUUGUCGAGUCCGUGAUUAUGGAGCACAUGCAUUCAUACUUGGACCACCGUCAGUCCGAGCGCGCCUCACUGUUGGGAGAGGUGUCGACAGACUUUCUAGCGUCCAUUCCGUGGCAGGACAAACUCAUCGGACUAGGCUCCGACCCUGCAAAGUCGGAGGAUCCUGCUGUGGCCAUUCCGCGUUUCUUUCGCGAGUGGCUCCAAACCCACCAGACGUUGCCUUUGCCCUCGUCUAACAUACUGCCUGUAUCUUCUAUACUUAUCCCAGUGGAAGUCCCUUCCCUUUCUGUGGUCCACACCAUUGAUCUGCGUCUCUCUCCAAUGCCAGACCUGAUCAGUAAGAAAACGACAGGGGAACCACCUGUGGUGAUCAUUGGGCAAGUAGCACCCGCUAUACUGCGUCUGAAGUCGACAAGGCGGUGGUGCGAUCCGACCAAGGCCCCUCGGCGUGAUCAGGUGUUCUCAUACGAGGUCACCGCCCCUCUGGAGCUGUGGACACUAGGUGGACGCCGGCGGGGCCAUUUCGUGGUUCCGCAGGCGUCCAAUCCAAUGUCGGACGAGGAGACGUCUAUUCCCAUCGUGAUGAUACCACAACGCGAAGGCUGGAUCCCACUGCCCACCGUUGAGAUCAGGGAACUCGACACAAACGAUGAGCCACUGAGCACCAGCUCUCCGGCAUUUGAAGUGGAUUCGCACAACAUUGGCGAGACAGUACACGUAGUUGGUGGCAGGGAAUCAGUCACUGUGAGCUUAGAUGCCAGUGGACAAGGGGGAGGGCCCUUGAUACUCGAAGGACCGCGGGUCGGUAGAACUAGUAGCCAGGUCGUGGCUUAAUAAAGAACCCGAGGUAGAACACCCUGACUCGUGUUGUCACAUUUGCAGACUGUUCGGGCUCGCCGCCGGGGUGCCAUGCGUCCCUGCGAUGCCGUAUCAUACAUGUAGUCAACGCCUUUAGACAUGCAAUUAUUACUCCAGAUUCGCCUUUCUAUAGACCCAAUAUCCCUGAAAGGAUGCAAUCACGGAAUCACGCCUAGCAAUGCACCAGAAUAAACAACAACCUUGGGGACCAGUCACUUUGUACAUUCGCGUCUUGCCUGUAUAGCCGGGCCCAGCGAGCGUCAGCGCAGCAAGAAGACCCAAGGUGAGCGUGGCGGCGCGCGGGUAUCGUUGAAAACCGCCAUAAAACAGUCGUGUGCAGGUACCGUGUCAGCAAGUUGGUACUGAGAAUGGUGCCAACCCCCGAGCACAGGGCGUCGCAAAGCCAACGGCAGUGGCAG